UGCGGAUUGUGCGGGUUGGGCUCUCGGAUCGAUCGCGCGCGCGUCCGUUGCUGCCGCCAACGGUCGCCGCGAUGCCGUUGGAGUUUGAGCUGUGCCCGGGCCGGCGCAUCGGGGGAGACCACCCGUGUUUUAUUAUCGCCGAGAUCGGCCAGAAUCAUCAGGGGGACCUCGAGAUCGCCAAGCAGAUGAUCCGCGUGGCGAAGGAGUGUGGAGCAGAUUGCGCCAAGUUCCAGAAAAGUGAACUGGAGCACAAAUUCAAUAAGCGAGCCCUGGCGAGGCCGUACACCUCCAAACACUCGUGGGGGAAAACCUACGGAGAGCACAAGCGCCACCUGGAGUUCAGUCAUGGCCAGUACCGAGAGCUGCAGCGAUACGCAAAGGAGAUUGGCAUUUUCUUCACAGCCUCAGGCAUGGAUGAGAUGGCUGUAGAGUUUCUGCAUGAACUGGAUGUUCCAUUUUUUAAAGUAGGCUCAGGAGACACUAACAAUUUUCCAUAUUUGGAAAAGACAGCCAAAAAAGGUCGCCCAAUGGUGAUUUCUAGUGGGAUGCAGUCAAUGAACACAAUGCAGCAUGUUUACAAGCUGGUGAAGCCCAUCAACCCGAACUUCUGUUUCCUGCAGUGCACCAGUGCAUACCCUCUCCAUCCUGAAGAUGUCAACCUUCGUAUCAUAACGGAAUAUCGGUCAGUCUUUCCAGAUAUUCCUGUUGGCUAUUCUGGCCACGAGUCGGGGAUAGCAAUUUCUGUAGCAGCAGUUGCUAUGGGUGCCAAGGUCCUGGAACGCCACAUCACGCUGGACAAGACCUGGAAAGGGAACGAUCAUGAGGCAUCGCUGGAGCCAAAAGAGCUGGCAGAACUGGUGAGGAGCAUCCGGAUGGUGGAGAAAGCCAUGGGCUCUCCAGUCAAGCAGCUUCUGCCCUGCGAAGUGGCUUGCAACGAAAAGUUGGGAAAGUCCGUGGUUGCCAAAGUCAGGAUCCCAGAAGGCACGACGCUCACUCUGGACAUGCUCACCGUCAAGGUGGGCGAGCCCAAAGGCUACCCGCCUGAAGACAUCUUUGACUUGGUUGGCAAGAAGGUCAAGGUCACUAUUGAAGAAGACGACACCAUCGUCGAAGAGGCCAUUGAAAACCAUGUGAAAAAAGUGAAAUGCUGAACGUGAAUGGGGGCCUUGGGCAGCACUGUGGCAAUACACUGAAAUGAUAGAGUUUUAAGUUAGAAUGAAAGCAAACUUCAAUGGGAUUUUUUUCUUUCACGUGGGUAAAAACGCCAGUGCAGCAUCUCGUCUCAUUCUCAGCAAGGGACUUCCAUAGAGACAGGGCAGUGUGGUAUUUCUUGAAGGACCUUCAGGCUUGCUUGAUUGCUGAAAAUCUGUUAAGGCAUGGCAUGCUUUAUCUUUCCAGGAGGAAUAUUUUCAAAAGGGUAACGUGGAGCUUUGGAAAAUAUGCCUUUGUGAGGGCAGAGCGAGUGCUACCGUGAGCGGCUCUAAACAGAGCAUGAUGUGGUUGAGACUUUUCUGCCAUUCAGCUUGACUUUUCUGGCAUUAGAAAUCCAAGGCGAGAGCCUAAGGUCAUGCUGGAUCAGACCAAGAGUCUAUCUAGUCCAGCAUCCUGUUCCCACAGUAGCUCAUCAGUUGCCUGUGGGAAUCCCACAAGUAGGAUACGAGUGCUACCCUCCCACCCAUGUUCCCCAGCAACUGGAAUAUAUAGGCUUACUGCCUCUGAUACUGGAGGUAGCAUAUGGCCAUCACAACUAGAAGCCAUUGAUAGCCUUCUCCAGGAAUUUGUCCAAUCCCCUUUUAAAGCCAUCUAAAUUGGUAGCCGUCACCACAUCUGGUGGUAGUGAAUUCCAUAGUUUAACUAUGAGCUGUGUUGAAGAGGUACUUCCAUUCAUCUGUGUGAAGAGGUACUCCCAUUCAUCUUCAUGUGAGAACUUGAUUUAGGUGUAACCUAUCCAAAAUUUGAGAGAGACUGUUGGAGAAGUAAAACAGUGUAACGUUUUUGAUGCAUACUUGUGAUGAUGAAGGAAGCAAUUCAUGCAGCAGCAGGGCCUAUGGGAAGGCACAGCAAGACAAUUCCCGUGUCUGAUCACAGGGUGCCACUCUGCUUGGUGGACCUCUAGUAGACAGUGCUUGUAUGUCUUUAAACCCCUACCACUCAGGCUAGCUAGAAAUGUGCUCUUGGGGGGAGGGUAAGAUUGGGACGUAGAUGAUCAGUGUUCUGCAUAUCAUGCAAUUUUUCUCUGCUGUAUCACGUGCUGUACAUGAGCACCUAGAAAUGGUUUAAAUGGUGCUCUGACACUCCUGCCUUGGCCUUGAUGACUUUGAACAUAGAAUGUGUCUGCUGAUGCUUAAAACUGGCGUUGAAGGUUUUUUUUUUACUUUUGCUAGCUGGGACAUCAGGAUUGUGCUAGCCCACCUGCAUCACUCCUGGGCUCCAGUGAUACCUGCCAAUUGGGUAUUACAUUGGCAUAAGCUUCUGCGCACAGAAAGCCCCAAUGUCUUAUGAUACCUGCAUCACAAAAUCCCAAGACUGCACCUAUGUGCUUUGGGCUCUGUGCAGGUAGGCUCCUCUGCAGCUGUGCUGCCCCAGCGUGUGGAUAUCACAGGAGCACGGGGGCAGGAUGAGUGAGCUGCAACAAUCCCGAUCCCUUAAUGAUGAAAUAGCUACACAGGACUUGUAUGAAUCAUGAUGGUGCCAUUCUGUGAACACUUGCCUUAAGAAAAUUACAAAAUCGCAACUGGUGGCAGGUGCUUCCACCCCCCUCCCCUUCCUAAAUUGAAAAUACAAUAAAAGUUUUGUCAGAAAUUUA